AAGAUAUAAUAAAUUAUAUACUCGUCUUUAGAAGUACUCAAAGUACAUCUGUACUCAAAGGAUAGUAGAUAAAGAACGUAAAAGAUUGCAUCUACGUUAAUUCGUUCAUAGCCACAGACGGCGUCUGUUGAAUUGUCCUUAACCUGAAAAAUGGCGGCCAAUAUUAAUGGAGUAUUCACUGAAAAUUUACGAAAUGCAAUACUUCAAAGUAAAGUACUUAUUGUGGGUGCUGGCGGAAUUGGAUGUGAAAUAUUAAAAAAUCUAGUUAUGACAGGAUUUGUCAAUAUCGAAAUUAUUGAUUUAGACACGAUUGAUGUUAGCAAUUUAAACAGACAGUUUUUAUUUCAAAAGAAACAUGUAGGAAAAUCAAAAGCUGAUGUCGCAAGAGAAACAGCAUUGACAUUUAAUCCCGAUGCAAAAAUUGUUCAUUAUCAUGACAGUAUUACAACUUCUGAUUAUGGAGUAUCAUUUUUUAAAAAGUUUACGUUAGUUAUGAAUGCACUUGAUAAUAGAGCAGCUAGGAAUCAUGUAAAUAGAAUGUGUUUAGCAGCAGAUGUACCUUUAAUUGAAUCUGGUACAGCUGGUUACGAGGGUCAAGUAGAACUCAUAAAAAAAGGGUUAAGUCAAUGUUAUGAGUGUACACCAAAAGCUGCACAAAAAACUUUCCCUGGUUGUACAAUUCGUAAUACACCUAGUGAGCCAAUUCAUUGCAUAGUAUGGGCAAAACAUUUAUUCAAUCAGCUAUUUGGUGAAGAGGAUCCUGAUCAGGAUGUAUCUCCAGAUACUGCUGAUCCAGAAGCAGCAGACUCUGCAGGCCAAGGUGCUUUAAACUCAGAAUCAAAUGAAAAAGGAAAUGUUGAUAGAACAUCAACUAGAGGUUGGGCACAAUCAUGUAAUUAUGAUUCAGAGAAAUUAUUUACAAAAUUAUUCCAUGAUGAUAUAAAAUAUUUGCUAAGUAUGGAUAAUUUAUGGAAGAAAAGAAGACCACCUAUUCCUUUAAGUUGGAAAGAAUUACCAGAUGGAGUACCAGGAUGCAGUAAAGAAGUAAAUGAACCCGGCUUAAAAGAUCAACAACGUUGGAGUAUUUCCAAAUGUGGUACAGUAUUUGCUGAGUCAGUGAAAAGUUUAAGCAAUAAUUUGAAAGCUUUACAAGAAAAAUCACCAAACAACCAUUUAGUUUGGGAUAAAGAUGAUCAAAGUUCAAUGGAUUUUGUUGCUGCAUGUGCCAAUAUAAGAGCUUACAUUUUUGGUAUACCUCAAAAAACGAGGUUUGAUAUAAAAUCAAUGGCAGGAAAUAUAAUUCCUGCAAUCGCAACUACAAAUGCGAUAGUUGCCGGUUUAGUUGUUCUUCAUGCGUUCCGAAUUCUUGAAAAUAAUUUAAAGGCAUGUAAAUCUGUAUAUUUGCGUUCGAAAAUGAAUCAUCGUAAUCAGUUAUUGGUACCAGAAAAAAAUGUCAAUCCACCAAACCCAAAAUGUUAUGUAUGUGCACCUACACCACAGGCAGUAUUAGCAAUUGAUACAUCAAAAACGACAAUCAAAGAACUUGAUGAAGUAGUAUUAAAAAAUAGGUUGAACAUGAUUGCUCCAGAUGUUAUGAUAGAUGGUACUGGUAACGUUGUUAUCAGCAGUGAGGAAGGUGAAACUGAAGACAAUAAUAAUAAAUUCUUAGAAGAAUUAGGAAUUAAAGAUGGUACCAUUCUUAAGGUCGAUGACUUCCACCAAAAUUAUUCAUUAACUGUAACUAUAGUCUAUAGAGAACGGUCAAGUUUAAAAGGCGAUAGUCCUGAUUUCGUCAUUUUAGCCAAAGAACAAGAUCUUAAACCUAAAGAAGAAGAUUUAGUGAAACCAUCAACUUCAAAUGGCCAGGUGGAAAUAUCUGAUGACAAUGUAAUGAUUGUUGAAACCGAAACAUCAUCAGAUGUGGCAAAGAAACGUAAAAUUGAAGCUUCUGAAGAAAAUUUAUCAAAGAAACGAAAAUUGGAAAUUAAUGAUGUGGAUGAUGAUAUUUCUAUAAUUGAAAAUGAUAUAAAUAAUGACAUGGAUAAAGUAAAAUCAAAUUUCAAAACACAGAAUACAGAAGAGAAAAAUGAUGAUUGUUUAAUUGUACAUGAUGAUAACAAGUCAAUAGUUGCAACAUCCCAAACUUUGUAAAAGCCACACCAAGAAUUCUUCAAAAGUUGGUACUAUUUUUAAUCUUUAUAAAAAAAAAAAAUGUAUUUAAAAACUACUAACGAUUAAAUAAAACA